AUGUUGGCACUAUCACAGGGGUUACCAACGGUGGAUCCCGCGCUAGUGAAGGCAUUUAAGCGGGCGGCAAACAAUGCGUCGACGUCUGGCGAUGUGGAUGACGAUUCACGGAGGCAGGAGGUUGCACGAAUCAAUAAGGAGGCGCAGAAGGCGUGGAGGGCGGAAGAAAAAUCAUUCAUCCCUGCAAUUUACCUCCGCACACGUGAUCCCUCCGCCGAGGAUGUGUUGCAGCACUUGAGAGUCACCAGCAAAGCGUUUGAGCUCAAUCUCCGCUUUAGAGAUAUUGAGCAACUGGACGAGAUGCAGGUAAAACUGUGGUCACUGCUCACCGCAGAUAAAUCGAAGCAAACGGUUACUAUCUCGGAAUUCACAGAAAUCAUGAACAAACUUAAGGUUUGGCAAGGGCAGCGUUUCGAACCAACUCCCAAGACUUCACCGUGUCGGGAAAUAUCGGUUCGCUCAGCCCAGCAGGAGUGCCCCGUCGACACCACUCCGUUGGAUGAAGUGAUGUACGUUGGUGUGGCAAAGAGGCCCCGUCCGUCGUUGCAGUUGUUUCUUUCAUGUCCACGUUCUCAUGCGGGUGGCGUGGAAGUGGCACAUAUUUACCAACGGUUCGCAAAGCAGGUGUCACUCGUCAAAUGUGAGGCUGAGCUCCUCAUGUGGGAUACCAACAAUGAUGGGCGCCUCACGGAAGAUGAGCUCGAGAGCUAUGUACGGGAUUUGGUGUCGCGAGUUGAUGCACUCCGCGACAUCAGCAACGACAUUUUACCUUUUUACUGUUGUGCAGUGAGUCGGCGCAUAUUUUGGGCUCUAGAUCCUGGUAUGAGAGGCACCAUACGCAUUGACGCACUUUUGCAGAGCCCUCUAAUGGAUGAAUGGGUGAGUUUACAGUUGAUGCGUGAAGACCUGCCACGCAAUUGGUUUAGUGCAGCCAUUACCUCACACUUGUAUGACAAGUUUCUGCUCCUCGACACGCGCAACCAAGGCACUCUCAAUGCUGCGAACAUGAAGCUUUACAAAAAGGGCCUCCCCACCGUAAGAGAUGACGGUCUCCCUCGCGGCGUCGGCCCGCUUUCUUCUCUUUUCAUUGACAGAUUCUUCGAAACAAGCGUAAUGAUGGCGUGUUCUGAGUUAGAUUUUAGGAAGUUUGUUGACUUUGUUAUAGCCGUGGAAUUUCUCCCCGCCUGUCAGCGACCGCUUUUCUUCUGGAAUAUACUAGACAUUGAGGGUUGCGGCGUCCUGAGACCUGUUCACGUCAACUCUUUUUUUAGGGAAACUCAUUCCAAACUGGUUGAAGCCGGGCUGGAGAUGCCAUCGCGGGAGACGGUCGUGCAGGAGGUGUUUGAUCUCAUUCCAACCGCAGAGCCCCUACGCAUCACGCGGGAAGAGUUUGUUAAGGCCCCACAGGCGGGGCUUUUCGUAGCUCUUUUGAUUGACUGUCUUUCAUUUUGGGCAUACGAAAAUCGCGAGCAGCGGUAG